UGUUGCAACAUCUUCCACCUGCUUGCCAUCUUGCUUUUUCUUUAGCCCUCAUUAGUCUCUAAUCUCCUUUCAAAAACCUAUAAACUGAUUGCUUGAAGACUACCCAAUGAAUGAUCUUUCGUGAACCAACCAGGCCUAAGUGUGUUGCUGUGACUAUAAAUAGUGUCAAUAUUUAGUAUGUCAAAACGAAAAGAAGAUCUUUCUGAGGGAUCACUGCCCAUAAAGAGAAUCAAAACUGAAGACACAAAGGACUAUGAAGCAGAAGAAGACAAAACGACCAAAGGGAAAACUGUGACAACUAAUGGGCAAAGUGGAGACAGCCUACCUCCAAAUUCUCACUUGAAUGAAGGUGAUGUAGGAAUAAUUGAAAGUAUUUCUUUGAAAAACUUCAUGUGCCACGCUUGCCUUGGACCUUUUAAGUUUGGACCCAAUGUAAAUUUUGUGGUUGGAAACAACGGAAGUGGGAAGAGUGCUGUAUUGACUGCUCUUAUUGUAGGCCUUGGUGGAAAAGCUACUGCCACUAACAGAGGAUAUUCUAUAAAGGGAUUUGUGAAAGAUGGUCAAAAUUCUGCAGAUAUUUCCAUAACAUUGAGAAACAGAGGGCCUGAUGCUUUUAAACCUGAUAAAUAUGGAGAGGCUGUUAUUGUGGAACAACGUAUUUCUGGAGAUGGAAUAAGACAGUACAGAUUGAAAAGUCAAUCAGGGCACAUAGUUUCUACGAAGAAGGAAGAACUCAAUACAAUAUUAGACCAAUUCAAUAUCCAGGUGGAUAACCCAGUGUCAAUUUUAACACAGGAGAUGAGCAAACACUUUUUGCAAUCCAAAAGUGAAGCAGAUAAAUAUAAGUUUUUUAUGAAGGCUACUCAGCUGGAACAAAUGCGAGAUGAUUAUUCCUAUAUCAUGCAGACGAAGGCACUAACAAAUGAGAAAAUUGAAAAACAGGAUGAAAACCUAUCGGAGCUAAAAGAUCAAGUUAAGCAAAAGGAAGACCGUUAUAAAAGCCUUUCUUCAUUGAAUGAGCUGCAGGACAAACUGGAGCAACUUAGGAAUCAGAUGGCCUGGGCAUUGGUAAUUGAAGUUGAAAAGCACCUGCAACCGAUAAAAGAUCGUAUCAAAGUUGAAGAAAGUCGCAGUGUCAAAUAUGAUCAGAAAGUAGAGGAAUGGCAGAUGAAAGUCAAUGAGGCAGAAGAGCGUUUUAAGACAAUUCAGAAUCAAUUACAGAAAAUUACAGAAGAGGCCCAUGCAUUGCGACCACAGUGUUCGACUUUAAAAGAUGAUGUACAAAGAAAAAACAAAGCAUGCAAAGAGACAGAGGCAACCUUUCACCGCUACAGGACACAGUUGAAACAACUUGAGAAAGACCACGAUCAGUUACAGAAACGAAUUGAACAGCUGCGAAAUAGUAUAAACCAAAGUUCAGAGGCUGAACUUCGAGAACGACAGGAAAGAAUUAGCUGUCUGCAAAAACAACUGAAAACACUGGAGGACCAAGAGGCCACAACCUCCCAACAACUGGCACAGUUUCAACAUGCAAUUAGCAAGUCUAGAGAUGAACAGGAGAAGCUUGGAGAAGAAGAAAAAGAUGUGAAACAAUCUGCUGAAUCCAGGAAGGAGCGGCUCAAAGAACUAAAAGCCAGUAGAACAAACCAGCUGAAAAGGUUUGGAGAGAACAUGCCUGCAUUGCUUGAUGCAAUAGCGGAAGCACAUAAACAGGGUCGCUUCAGGCACAAACCAGUUGGUCCUUUAGGUGCUUGCUUCAAGUUGAAAUAUCCUGAAUUGGCUUUGGCGGUUGAAAGUUGUUUGAAAGGACUACUGCUUUCAUUUUGCUGUGAUAAUUACAGAGAUGAGCAGGUGCUACAGAGUUUGAUGUCACGCUAUUUCACUUCAGGAAGACGACCCCAAAUUAAUGUGUGUGAGUUUGCAAAUCAAGUAUACAAUGUAAAGGGCAGAGCUGUUCAUCAUCCAGAUUUCCCAACAGUUCUUGAUGCCUUGGAAAUAAGUAGUCCAGUGGUGGCAAACUGUCUAAUUGACAUGAGAGGAGUGGAAAGAAUCCUGUUAAUCAGUAGUAACAGCAGAGCUCGUGAAAUUAUGCAGCAGCAAAGACCACCUGCAAACUGCAGAGAAGCCUUUACUGCAGCAGGUGACCAGGUCUUUGCCAACCGCUACUACUCUUCAGAAACAGACAGGGCAAGAUAUUUGGGUGGUGAUGUGGAAUCAGAAAUCAGUCAGCUGGAAAUGGAAGUGAGCAACAAGAUGGCAAAGUUGUCACAUUUUCAGCAACGAUUGCAGUCAAUAAUAGAAGAAAUUCGGAUUAAUGAGACUCAGAUGAAAAUGAAACAAAUGCAAAAGAGGAAAAUCCAGGAAAGUAUGACAAAGAUAAAGCUAGAAAUUUCAGAUUUGGAGAAUGUGGAGGAGCCACAGUCUGUGGACAUCUCCACAUUGGAAGAAGAAGUGCAAGAUAUCUGGCACAGAAUUGUGUCUGACAGGAAUAAGCUAGAAGACGCCAGAAAAGAUAUGGAUGAGCACCGAAAGAUAGUGAAUGAGGCUGAACAAAGGUACAAAGAAGUGAAGGAAAAGAUCAAUUUAAUAGCUGAAGGAGCUGAUCCAAUUAAGGAUGAGCUAAAUAAGAUUGAUACAGAAGUUGGAAAAUGUAAACAUCAUAAAAGGCAUUAUGAAGAGAAAAGAAAGGAGCACUUGGAAGGAAUAGAUAAGCUAAAAGAGAACCUGGAAAGUAAAGAAAAGGUUUUGGAGGAAAAUAUUGCUAAAGCCAAGCAGAUUUAUGCAGAGCGAUUGGAGGUCGUCAGAACUCCCAAAAGUAUUGAUGUGGAGAUCAAUCGACUGAGAGAAAGGAUCAGCACAGAACAAGAGCGCCAUGGGAGCAAGGAAGAAAUUACAAGGCAGUACUUUGAUGUUUUGGAAACAUACAAGAAUGUCAAAAGCCAGGUCAAAAACCUGAAGAAGUUCAUGCAGCUGCUUGAUAAAAUAAUGGAGGAAAGGCACAAGGCAUAUAAAAUAUUCAGGAGAUACAUUUCUCUUCGCUGCAAGUAUUAUUUUGAUUCAAUGCUCUCCCAGCGAGGUUACCAUGGGAAAAUGAGUUUCGAUCAUAAGAAUGCAACACUUUCAAUUGCUGUUCAGCCCGGAGAGGGAGACAAGGCAGCGCUCAGUGAUAUGAGAUCCCUUUCUGGUGGUGAACGUUCAUUCUCGACUGUGUGUUUUAUCCUUUCGCUAUGGGAUACCAUGGAGUCUCCUUUCCGUUGUUUGGAUGAGUUUGAUGUUUAUAUGGAUAUGGUUAAUAGAAGAAUUUCUAUGGACAUGAUGCUCAAAGUGGCAAGUUCCCAGCGUUAUCGCCAGUUCAUCUUUCUUACACCACAAAACAUGAGUUCUUUGCCUUCAAGUCGCUUAAUUAGAAUCCUUCGCAUGCAUGAUCCUGAAAGAGGACAGACCACAUUACCUUUCCGUGCACGAGAUCAAGCUGAAGACUCUGAUGAUUAAAGGGCUAUUACAUGUAUUAUAAAUAUAACUCAGUGGUUUUUAUGUGAAAGAACAUUUAUUUAAAAGAAGCUUACAUUGUGUUUGUUCUUUUAAUACUAAACCAGUAUAUGGUGAAAGAAUUUCACAUUGAAACAUGUCCAACUACUGUUUAUUUCAGAUAGUAGCCCAGUUUUAUUUUAACCAUUAUGUUCUAUUUGUAACACCUUUUAAUUUAUUAUAUAUUCGUGACCUGUAUAUUAGUUCAUGAAAGCCAUAUCUAUUACAUGUUAUGACUGCAUCAAACACCGUUUUAUCGGCAUUUUUUUUACAUUGACUGCCUGAAGUGAAAGGUUUAGUAAGCUUUGUAAUCUUUUGUCUAAACAGAUAAACUAAUGUCUUCAAGGUCAAACCUAGUGAAAAUAUAAC